AUGUACGGCGAACACGGAAAUAAGCUGGUCCAACAUGCCAAACGCACCCAAUCGCUCGCCCACCUCCCACCCUACCAGUCCGAACUGGUCCGCGCCGUCGCCCGCGAAGUACGCGAACUAGAUCGCGACGUUGCUCGUCUUCUCGCGCCCUUCGAAGGAAGCUUCAAUCCCUCCUCUCAGCCGGACAUUGCAUGCGCCCUCCUCGUCGACCACCUCUGCACGCGCCGCAACAAGCGAUGUCUCCUGGCCUACCACCGCGUGCGGACCGACAAACUCGAAGAACUGUGCUGGACCGGCAUCGACGUGCUAGAACAGCAGCAGCCGGCUGAAGAUGGCCAGGGAGCGUCGUCGGGGCCCAUGAAUGCGCAAGCGGGGAAUCAUAGCUCUCUGAGUCCCGAGGAAGAGGAGUAUUUUAGGCAGUAUAGUGACAUGCUGGCUGCGUAUAAGGGACAAUGGACGGAGAUUGAUCUUACGGGGAGCUUGGAGCCUCCGAAGGAUCUGUUUAUUGAUGUGAGAGUGUUGAAGGAUGCGGGGGAGAUUCAGACGGAAUAUGGGGUUAUCAAUUUGACGAAAAACAGUCAAUUGUACGUACGGCAGGGUGAUGUGGAAAGACUAAUUGCGCAGGGAUUUCUGGAGCGAUUAAAUUGA